UCAGGGCCUCCCCCGCAAAUCCCCGCGGCCGGGGAGGGGCGGGCGGCUGGUUCCAGUGUGUGUGAGCUUCCCGCCGGCCGCGCCCUCUGCGUCCACGCCUGUCGGGCAUAUGUGGCAGGGUGGGCGCAAGGCCAGUUGGUGAGGUGGAGGGAUGGGAGGGCUGAGCUGUUUUCCCUUGGAGCCCUGGUGGCGCAGCUGUUAAGAGCCAAGGCUACUAACCAAAAGGUCGGCCGUUGGAACCCGACAGCCGCUCCUUGGAAACCCCAUGGGGCAGUUCUACUCUGUGCGACAGGGUCGCUGUGAGUCGGAAUCGACUCGAAGGCAGCGGGUUACGGGAGCUCUUUUCCUUCCAAUUUUGUCUAAUAGCUUCCCCAGCGGCGUGCUGUGGUACCUGAAUGUGUACUUUUCGAGCUGUCACGCCUCUAUAGGAAUCAUUUUCCCAUUCCUGAGGAUGACCUUAUUAAAAACACAGCCCACCUUGUCAUUAUUGAGAUAACCUGUUUGUAAUUUAUAUUAUUACAUAGCUUCAUUGUAUUAUCGUCUUUUGGGUCCAAGCUGUGGACCCACCUUUUAGGACUUCAGUUAUUAACCGAUUACUUUAUUGAAUGCCUACUCACCAUGGGCCAGAUACUUGACCUCUUGAGCUUAACUGAGCUGUAAUAUAGUUUAUACUUUGAGAGACUCUGAGAGGUCAUUAGUAUAUAAAUGCUACACCCAAGGAAGGGCACGCAUUAUUGCAACAUUAUUAUAAUUACUGUAAUACUAGGAACUGUGGAGGCAUAGCUGGAAAGAGCCAGGUUCUGAUCUUCCAGAGUCUUACCGGUUGGUGGGGAGACGUGCAAAGACAAUUGCAAUGUGUUGUUUCAUGAAGGUAUUCUGAGGUAUGCUACCAAAAAAAAAAACACAAAGAGCUUAAAAAGUUUGGGUUUUAAGAGCUUAAAGGAAAGACAGUUACAACCACCUGCAGGAGUAAGAGAAAGCCUAAGAGGCCCUUUGACUCUUCACUUCAGCCACCUAGAAUGGAAUUAUGACCUUGCGUGAGCAGGUGUUUCUUCUGAAGGUUUUGUGAGUAAAGUGCCUUUGUCGUCCCUUUGAAUUCUUUACUAUGUAUUUGAAUAUUAGCCCUUAUGUUUUCUUUCCCGUUUAAAAAAAUAGCUCUGAUGUGUUAUCAUUUGUAAAUGUUAAAGUUUGUCCUGUUCUAAAAUGCAUUUCUCUCUCCAGUAACCCAGCACGUUACUGUGCUUUGGCCUUUGUGCUCUUGGCCACUCCUGCCCUCUGGGCCCUCUGUUUUUUUCUCUCUCCUCCCAAAGCUGAUUGGAGAAUUUUUACUAUUUAUUGUUUUUACCAAAUAAAAACACAUCAACUUAAAAAAAAUAAUCGAAAGAUUGCUAGAUGAUUAGAUACAGCUCCAUUUUUCGUUUGUUUGUUUUUUAACUGAUUUUCCCCCUGUGACUCAAUGGCUUUUGUAAAGGAGAGAUUAGAUUCCUCCUAUUAAAAAUGCCUGGAGAAAAUUAUGUGGAGGUAGGGAGGAGGGCAGUGACGUCACUAGGAGGGUGCGGACUGCACCAGGUAACAGGGGGUGACAACAAAAUGACUGUCUAAAAAACUUUGGUACAGUAUUUCAGCAGAAAUUUGUUUUUUAUAAAGAUAUCCCUAUGCUUAGUUAUAACCAAAAAAAUUUUUUGUAAGCCCAGUUUGCAUGUAUUAAUACACUUACAAGGCUAAACUCUAUGCUAACUUACUUUUUGAACCUUCUAAUGACCUGGUCGCAUAGUGGGUAAGUGCUACGACUGCUAACCAGAAGGUUGGUGGUUCAAAUCCACCAGGCGCCCGUUGGGAUCCCUACGGGACAGUUCUUCUCGGUCCUGUAGGGUCGCUAUGAGUUGGAAUCGGCUCGACGGCAACGGGUUUGGUUUAAUGAACUCCAGGAAUAGGAGUCCUGGUGCCCCAGUGGUUAAGAGGUUGGCUGCUAACCUAACGGUCAGCAGUUCGAAUCCACCAGCCGCUCCUUGGAAACUCUACAGAGAAGUUCUACUCAAUUCUGUAGGGUCACUAUGAAUCGGAAUUGACUCCAUGGCAACAGGUUUGGGUUUUUUGGUUAAUGCACCGGGAGCCCUGGUGGCGUGGUGCUUAUGUGCUCAGCUGCUAACCAGAAGGUCAGGGGAUCGAGCCAACCAGCUCCUCUUUGGGAGAAAGAUGUGGCAUUCUGUUGCUGUAAAAAUUACAGCCUUGGAAACCCUGAGAUAGUUCUACUCUGUCCUGUAGUGGAAUCAACUCCACGGCAACGGGUUGAUCUUUUUUUUAAUGGGCCCCGGUAAGAGAUACCGUUAUCACCCAAUUACAAUGGCGUGUCAAAUUAUCUGGUUUCAUCUGCACGGGCAACAAACGUGCUGUUGUUUUUAUUCUGCUGGUGUUUUUAUAGUUGCUAAUUUUGUCAAAUUUUCUGGUGUAUUAGUUACAAUAUUGUGGUAGUUAGUGUUUGUGAACGUAUGUCAAUAACUUCUUUGAGAAUGAAGUAGCAAUUAAAGGAAAAAGAGAAAAAUAAAAAAGGCUUCCGCUUAGUUACCAGUAAGGUAAUUAAUAAUGUUGUAAUUAAAUGUAGAAAAAUUUUACAAAAUAAUUUUGCUAUUUAUAUGCUCUAAGAAAUAUUACCUUUAAGCAAUUUACAAUAUCAUGUUAUUCUUUGAUUAAAAUUGCUAAUAAACUUACAUGUAUAAGUUAUUGAUUUAUAUAACUCUGAUAACUAAAUAGAGAAAUUGACAGUUUAAAACAUGAAGUAGGGAAAAAUGCUGUGUUUCUUGACAUGUGUUUAGAAAUAUAGCUUAAAUCUUAAAUUCAGUUUUUUUCAAUUUUAGUCUUUUUUAACUUGAAAAACAUCACUCUCUUGCAAUCAUAAGUCUGACUUUAAUGAAAUUUUCAGGGUUAAAGUUUGAAUUCUGGUUUAAAGGAAGAGUGACACAUUAAAAAGUGACUUGGCAAAAGGCAGUGAAGGCCAGGAAAGGAAAAUUCUGAUGUAGUUAAAUGUUCACUAAGUGCUGAAAUGCUUGUGUAUUUCUUCUUGUUUAUUUUUAUAGUAUUGUUUCAUUUAUUAAUAUAUUUCCAUGUGUAUUUGUCUGUAACUUCUACGUUAUUAUCAGUUAUCUAACCCUAAUCCAUUAAUGUAUCUUGUGUAACGGUAAAGUUUAAUGUUAAAAUGGACAUAAUUUUGAUGUAGUCCUUAAAUGUUUUUACUUUGAAGUCUAUUGUUUUCUUACCAAACUUUCACUUUCACCACACGAAACUAUGUAAAUGUGAAUACAUUUAGGCUGUGCAUAUGACAUUGUGAUUUAAAGGUUAAUUCUAAUUUUGCUACUUGUUUAUGUCACUACUUUUGCCAUUACAUUCAGUGAUGUGUGGAAAUUAGGAUUUACAACUAACGUUAGUACAAAAAACAUUACUAAGGACUCUAUAUUCUCUAUGGUCUGGUAUAGAACGAGGUCCGUGGAGGGGGGUGGGCCUGACACCACGAUUUACCUCACUGGUGACACCUACCCUAGUGAUGCAACUUUGAAGGGUAAAUCAAAAUAUGGAAUGGUUUCAAGUACAAAUCGAUUCAAGAUCAGAGCCUGAAGCAUUGUUUAAGUAAUCAGCAAGAAAACCAAAAUUAUAUUGAGAGAUGUGACCAAUGCUAAUAUAAAUGCAUUGCCAUUGAUUGAGUCAAUUCUGACUCUUAGAGACCCUAGGUUAACAUAUAGAGGCUUCUAAUUCUUAAGACUUUUCAGGUUUCAAAUGUCAAUAAAUCAGUUACUUAAAUUAUCUAUACACAAGCUAUUUCUGUUUUAGGGAAACUAUCAGCAAGAUGCUAACUUUUCCAAUGACCAAUGAGGAGAUUAUCUUGGAAAAGGCAUAGAAAGGAUUUUGUUCUAGGUAGCGGUCAUUGAAAAAGCUUGUGUAAUGUCAGUAUUGCUGAUAGACUUGUCAGAAUCUGGUUAUUUUAGCUAUUUAGGACACUGUGUGUAUAAAGUUAUGAGCUUGAUCUACCUUAAUGUGGGCCAGUUAGCUUCAUUCUGUUUUGAGGUAAAAGGUCUCUCUAAUCCUAAAUGUACACGUUAGAAAAAAAAUUUUACAAGUACAUUUGAUACUUGUAAGGAGGCCAUGCAUAAAACUCAUUAGUGCUGGAAAAACAAUAUAUGCCAUAAUGAACAGAAUGUUGAGUAUGCCACUUCUACGUAAAAGACGCUAUCAUAAACUCCAUAUUGCAUUUUCUGUAUCUAAAACAUCAGGUUGGUGAUUCAUCUUCAUGUGAACAUAACCCAUGAAAUUAUAGAAUUCAGCUUCAUUCAAUGUUUAUUGAGAACCUCAAUAAGUAGGACAGUAUUUUAAAAGUUACAUAGGAUCUUUAAAAAAACAGUGCUGCAAUAAAUGGGUCAUCACAGAUAAUAAAGAUACUUUAAACUAUUCCCCACUGGAAACCAAAAUUAAGGACCAGACAGUGGACUAAAAUUUCCAUAUAAAAAGAGCUCAAGGCUUGUAAAUUUUUUUUUCCUGGUGAAUUAGGAUGCGUAGGCCUGGGGCCAGGAAAUCUAUAAUUUUUAACAAUCUCCCUAGAUGAUUUUAAUGUAUUCUAAAGUUCAAGAACCACUAAUCUUGUCAGGGAAAAUACUAGUCUUAUGAUUUUAGGAUUUUUGUUUGUUUCUCUGAAUAUUGUGGGUUUUUCUCCUUAUUUUGUUAGCAACCUUUCCUCUCGACCUCACAAAAACUCGACUCCAAAUGCAAGGAGAAGCUGCUCUUGCUAGGCUGGGAGACAGUGCAAGAGAACCUGUCCCCUAUAGGGGCAUGGUUCGCACAGCCCUAGGGAUCAUCCAAGAGGAAGGCUUUCUAAAGCUUUGGCAAGGAGUGACACCCGCCAUUUACAGACACGUAGUUAAUCAUAUCCUUGGCACUUGACUGAAAAGUUGCGUUAGUAACUUUCCCAAUAAAGCUACUUAUUCAACAAAAUGUCUGCUAUGUACCAAGCUCUGUGUUACGAUUUAUAGAAAAGAUGUGGAAUCUGCCUCGAGGAGCUCACAGUCUGAUGGAAAGAUAAGCAAGAAAGUCAUGUUAAUCUCAAAUCAAAUAAUAAGUUUCAUUAUAGGCAUGUGCUUGGGUAGCUCUGGGGGAACAGAAGAGACACAUGAGAGGUAUAAACAAGCAAACAGGAAACCUAUAACAUUGGGGGAAAGGUCAUAGAGCACUUCCAAGAAAACAUGUCUGAGUUGAGUUUAGAAAGACUAGGAGGAGAUAGCCAAGCAGAGAAGGGAGAAUCCAUUAUAAAGAGAUGGGACAGUGAGCAGGAAAGGCUGAGGCUUAAAAAGGUGUGGCACAUUUGAGUAAAUGUCAGGAAGGCCAUGUGGCAGGAGCAUAGGGGGCACGAGAGAAAGACAGCUAGAGAGACAGACUGGGCUAGAUCAGAAUGUCCUUUUUAUUAAACAUAUCACUGAAUUCACCUUUUUAAUGAUGUUUUACACAGUGUAUUCUGGAGGUCGAAUGGUCACAUAUGAACAUCUCCGUGAGGUUGUGUUUGGCAAAAGUGAAGAUAAGCAUUAUCCCCUUUGGAAAUCAGUCAUUGGUGGGAUUACGGCUGGUGUUAUCGGCCAGUUUUUGGCCAACCCAACUGACCUAGUGAAGGUUCAGAUGCAAAUGGAAGGGAAGAGGAAACUUGAAGGAAAACCAUUGCGAUUCCGUGGUGUGCAUCAUGCAUUUGCAAAAAUCUUAGCAGAAGGAGGAGUACGUGGGCUUUGGGCAGGCUGGGUGCCCAAUAUACAAAGAGCAGCCUUGGUGAAUAUGGGAGCCCAGAUCUCUCUUCAAGUUCCAGCUACCUACGCAGCAUCUUCAUGUGGAUAUCUCAAAUACAGCACUUCGAAUGUGUCCAAACCAAACUUGUUAAACCAGACAACUCCUCUGUUUUUCAUAAGCUUAAAAUAUGACUUAACUACUUAUGACACAGUGAAACACUACUUAGUAUUGAAUACACCACUUGAGGACAAUAUCAUGACUCAUGGUUUAUCAAGUUUAUGCUCUGGACUGGUAGCUUCUAUUCUGGGAACACCCGCUGAUGUCAUCAAAAGUCGAAUAAUGAAUCAACCAAGAGAUAAACAAGGAAGGGGACUUUUGUAUAAAUCGUCUACUGAUUGCUUGAUUCAGGCAGUUGAAGGUGAAGGAUUCAUGAGUCUAUAUAAAGGCUUUUUACCAUCUUGGCUGCGAAUGACCCCUUGGUCACUGGUGUUCUGGCUUACUUAUGAAAAAAUCAGAGAGAUGAGUGGAGUCAGUCCAUUUUAAGUCCUUAAAGAUCCAGACCAGUAAUAACAGUAUUCAGUGUCACUGAAAUGUGGGCAUCUGAAACACACACUCCCUAUUACUUCUACCUCUUUAGAAAGACACCUUACUCCACAAAGACUGUGAUUUAUAGGGGGCAGCACUUUGUUUUUCUCUGGAGAUCCAAGUUCUCUUUGACUACUCCUUUUGUCCAAAAAUGAUCUGGUCUUCUGGUCGGAUCGCACAAGGCCACCCAAUGAGACCCAGCACAGCAUUUUCUAAAGAAGAAUACAACCCUGACCACUUUCACCUUUGGCGAGAAGGUUUGACCUUCUUUGAGAUGCUAUUCUGUGCUGAAGAGCCUGCUUAGAGGAGCAGUGCAGGAGGGAGACAGCAUCUCAGACCUGAAGUAGACACUAGGGCUGUGGGAGAAUAUAUACAUAGUGUUUAAGAAAUAUAUUUAACCUGUCAUGUCAGUAUUUACAGUAGAAGUUUGACGAUUCACUUUUCUGUUGUUAAAGUGCACGUAUUGUAACUCAAAGGGAGAUGAAUGAAACUAUGUAUAAACAUUUUGAGUUUCCCUAGUGUUGAAGGAAGUUGAUGUAUCUUUUUUUGCCAGGAGAAUGAAAAAAAUUAAAUUCUGAGUUUCAAGGAAAGAAGCUAUUUUCUGCCAGCACCCCAUCGUUAGAUCUGUGUUCGUUGAUGAGCACUCCACUGCGUGUCUAAGGACUUUCCUGACAGCCACAGACUCCAAAUCCUGAUGAAAGCAGAGAAGAGCAUUUGCCUUGUUAUGUAUGCUGUUACAACUUGAAUUUGUCACUAGCUCUCAAGAAUCUCAAUGUAUAAGAAUUUUAAUUUGUUUGAUUAAGACUCACAAGUCCUCUUUAUAAGUGCUACCAUCAGUCUUUUAGUGGUGUUUUAAAAGCAAGUCUAAUGUAUCGUCAGCCAACACUGGUAUGCAUCCUUUCUUAUCUCCCCUGCCCUAACACUAAGGGCAUUACAGAGAUAAUCUAGAAAUCACACUAAAGCUGCCUCUAGCCUGAAUCUUAACCAGUUUGACAGAGCUUCCUAACCUAAAAAAAUGUUAAAUAUAAAGUAUCUGUAGUAUACAGUUACGUUUCCAAUCAUUGAAUCAAAUCCCUUAUUUUAAAAAGUGAAGGAUUUCUUCAGAUCCACCUACAUACCACCUGCUCCUUCAACCCCAGACAGUAGGCAUUUCUGGAUGGAUGUUAGGGGUGGUGGUUGUGAUUGUUGAAACAGCAAAACUAAAAAAACUCAGAUGCAAGAAACAGCUUGCUGCUAACCAGACAGAGUUUGUUGUGGACAUUGAUGAUGUUGAACAAAAAAAUGCUUAUAAAUGCUCUGUGGUUGCAUUAAUGUAUAAUCACUGCCAUUUUGGGGUGUGUGGGAAGAGUCGUAAACUUUAUAAUGUGAUGCGUUAAUAUGUAGUGGCUUAUUGUUUUUCUGUUUGCAGAAUGUGGAGUUUAACUCUUAAAAUCUUUAGGUAGUCUGCUUUUCCACUGCAUUCGUCAGUCUGUAUGAAUUAAGUUAUUAAACAUAUUUAAAAUAUAUUAUGUGCUAAAUUCCCAAGUGUAUGCAUUGGAACCACUUUGGGGAAAUUUUUUUUUUUUAAUGUUUAAUCUUUAAAAUUAAAGACUGUAUCAACCUAAUAAUAUGAACUGGACCAUAACAAAAUUUAUUUAGCUUAAUUCUUUGGGGGCCUUGGGAUGAAAACACUGCUUAGGUUCUGAGACUGUUCCAUUGUAUCUGGGUCAACGUGAAUAACUACAGAAUUUUUAUCCUGAAAUGACUUCCUGGGAUCAUUUGGUUUAACCCACUCAUUUUACAUGUUAGGAAACUGAAGCCCAGAAAAAGAGUUCCUUAAGGCCAUAAGUUAUUUAGUUGCAGAGCCAGGAUAAAAACACAGAUCUCCUAAUUAUUAUGAUUAUUACAACUUACAGUUAUUGUUCACCAAGAAAAUGUCUUAUGCCAUCUUCACAACAACCCACUCUAUUGCUCUGGAGUGUCUUCCAAAUACACGUUUUUCUUUAUGGCACCUCUAAUAUUUUUAAUGAAUAAAAAUUGUCUCAAGCAUACAUUUUAGAACGGAGUCAUCAUGCUUUAGUUAGCUUGAACAUUAAGACCUUCCAUAAGUGGCCCAUAUCCUGUAUAUCCCAUCAUAUUCAUACUUUUCCAGUGAAACCAUGUUCAUUAACGUAUGUUGGACCUUUGCGUUAUUUUUGCCAACUUGCAAUCAUCUUGUUCUCUCCGAUUUACAGUAAAUAAAAAGCAAUAAAAAUUUCAGGAAUUUCGUGUCUACACUCAUAGACUUAACCAUUUCAACUUCAUUUUAUUAUUAUAGUACUAUUGUAUAUAUUUCUCUACUCUUCAGCUCAGUAUUGAUAGUUAACAUCUAAGCUUCUUUUGCCUUGCUUUCUCAUGUUCUCAAAUGAUUUUUGUCACUGAAAAAAUAUAUUCAUAUUUUUAAUUACAUACAGUUCUUUGCUCUUUAUGUAUACAAGUAGCAUAGAUAGCCAGAUAACAUUUCUUCAAGUCGCUUCUAGUAGAAAUAAUAUGUCUUCAUCGAGUGUCCUAAAACCUAUAUAAUUAUAAGCUACUAAAAAAAAAAAAAAGUAGGAAAAUGUCUUCUGUUUUAUUAUGAUUCCAUAGUCUUAUUUAGUAGCUUUGCUCUGCUGUUAGGUACUCAACAAUAAUUGAUUACAGCUACAUAUGAGUCAAUUUUAUCUUCAUUAUUUUAAGAGUCUAGCUAUUGUAUAAGACUAGUCUGAAAUUUCUCUCUUGGCUAAGAAGAAAAAGAAAACAAAUUCAAGAAGAUUUUAAAUGUAAUUUGCUGUUGAGGUGUCUUCAAGUUUUCAAGCACAUUUUUUUAUUUCCAAUUGACAUAAUUAUGCACCUGCUCAGUUCAUGAAAGCAGAUUCUCCCAGGGCCUCCUAUACGGAAAAUGCUUAAUUUUAACACUUGAUUCUGUUACGAUUCAGUUAUCUCAGAUGGAAUCAAGACUCAUUAAAGUGUUUACCAAACAAGUAUAUAUUAUUACUAAGUGCCAAAUAAUACGGAGGGAAGGCUGAACCUUUUGUAAGUACUGACCUUUUUCAUGGUUUGUGUUCCACUUAGGAUAAUAAUAUGACUAGGAUCAAGUCUCUUCACUUCUCUGGAUUGCCAUUUCUUGUUCUAUAAGAUGAUGUUGGGUGCCAUCAGUGACCCCAUUUAUGGGGCAGUUCUACUCUGUCUUACAGGGUCGCUAUGAGUUGGAAUCGACUCGACGGCACUGGGGGGUUUGGGGUAGUGACCCCAUGUGAUAAUAGAACUGCCCCAUAGGGUUUUCUAGACUGUCUGCGGGAAGCAGAUGGCCAGAUCUUUCUCCCUUGGAGCCCCUGGGUGGGUUCAAACUGCUAGCCUUCUGGUUAGCAGCCAAUCCCUUAACCGUUAUAUCACCAGGGCUCCUAUCUAUAAGACAGAGGGACAGAAGUUUAGAAUAUUAACUUUUAUAUACUUAAAAGGGGCCAUUAUAUUGACAUCAUAUUAAAAAAUAGGAUUAUUUUAUUAACAUUUGUCUUCUGUGUUUCAUUUCAUUUCAUAUAUUUUAAGGAUACGGACAAGUCUGUCCAGGCCUUAAAGUUAAAUAAAGCUUGUUUUAUGACUGAACUGUAUAAUCUUGAAAUCCAUCCUUAACAGAGUAGCAGACUCUUCUUCCUUCAAGCAGCUCUGGGCAUGUCACCCAAUAUUCUUACCUUCAAUAGCUCCUUCAUACACAUGCAGUGAAAAUUAAAAUCUUUAAUACCAUAUUCAAGACCCUUUCAAUGUGACUCCAACCUAUUUUUUUUUUAGCUUUUGCCCUUCACUGUAUACCUGCACCCACCUUGCAGCUGCACCACUCUACUUACUUCCCUGAAGGUGCUCUAAACUUGGCUGCUGCUCCUGGUGUGUUCUCCACCAGACUUUUCUCCUACCACCACUGCUACCCAUUCAGCUUCACCCUCUUUGGUCAAAUUCUCCUUGAACAUCUGGAAAGAUCACAUAUUACCUGCUCUCUGAGGUUUUCAACACCUUCAACACUGCCAUAUUCUUAUAGCACUUUGUGACUCUCAUACACCAUUUAACACUUCAUGGUUAUUUAUAUACAUGUCAGCUUCCCCACACUAAAGGAUGAACUGUUGGAAAGCAAGGACCUUGUAAUAGAUCUUCGUAUCUCCUAAAGACUUCAACUAGGAGCUGCUUGAAAGAUCUUUGUUGAAUUGAGAAUUUCUUUUGAAGGGGAGGAAAGAAAGAAAAGCAUUAAUACACACAAGCAGUAUGUUGUUUUUCUCAUAGGAAUGAUCAAGUUGGGUCGAUAACACUUGUGAUCUCAUAAGAUCCUUUACCAUAUUAUGUGCUUAACUGCAUUUUUCUGAAAGAUCAUAUGUGUUUAAACACACUAUUAUCAUUUUUAAGAAGUAUCGGUUUAAUAGCUGUUCCCACAAAAAUCUGGAAUUUGGUAGUUUUAAAUAUCAAAUUUAAAUAACAUAUAGUUGAUUUAUUAUAUGUUUACAGUAUUCUCCAUUUUAAGAUUUUGUGUGGAAAUUUUAUCACUAUUUUUACCUGCGUUGAUACCUUACUAAUGCACAUUUUAUCCACUCAAGUGGUUUAUUAUUUCUGAGUUUUCAGGAAUACAUGACUAUUUUUCUUUCCCCGUACUUUACCCCAACAGGCUGCUGUGAUUGUCAGCAGCAGCAGGAGCCACUCUGAAAGCUUGAUAAAAGCAGAUGAAGAUGCUUAACGAUGUCUGUCUGCUGAAAAUACCUGCUAACAGGAAUAUAUGUGAGUAAAUAUA